CUCCCUCCGUGUAGAUAAGGUGGAUGAUGAGCUGGAGAUGACCACGGUGUGUCACAGGCCAGAGGGUUUGGAACAGCUGGAGGCCCAGACCAACUUCACCAAGCAGGAACUUCAGAUCCUCUACCGGGGCUUCAAGAACGAGUGUCCGAGUGGAGUGGUGAACGAGGAGACGUUCAAGCACAUCUACUCUCAGUUCUUCCCCCACGGAGAUGCUAGUACUUAUGCACAUUAUCUCUUCAACGCGUUUGACACGACAAACAACGGAUCGAUUAAAUUUGAGGAGUUUGUGACAGGGCUGUCUACACUGCUGCGGGGCACCCUGAGAGAGAAGCUGGAGUGGACUUUUCAUCUUUACGACAUCAACAGAGAUGGCUACAUCAACAGGGAGGAAAUGACAGAGAUUGUGAGGGCCAUUUAUGACAUGAUGGGCAAGUACACAUACCCAGCAAUCAAGGGAGACGUCCCUAAGCAACACGUGGAUGCAUUUUUCCAGAAAAUGGAUAAAAAUAAAGAUGGAGUAGUGACCCUAGAGGAGUUCAUUGUGGCUUGUCAGGAGGAUGAAACCAUGAUGAGAUCCAUGCAGCUGUUUGAAAAUGUGAUGUAGACAUGGAAUGAUGAAGGAUCCCGGGAAAGACAAUCUUAGGAAAGGAGGUGUGUAUGUGUGUCCCUGUUUGUGCGGAUGA